AUGGCCUCUUCGCUCCGGCACACUCCAUCCGCACGCCCAUCUCCAUCCCACCCGUCACCGCUACCCGCCCCCGAGAUCAGGCUUCAGAUUUCGCAAUCGCCGCUCCUCUCCGGACGCUCGGCCUCGAACGACAUCGACGCCCUCGUCGCGCUCCUCGCCAAGCCGCUCCCCAGCCUCUCCUUCGCGCCCGUGCCGGUCCAGGCAAAAACCAAAGCGGCCCUGUCCGCGUCGCCCACGUCCCUCCCUCCGCACGGGCACCGAGCGCCGGCAUCGCUUCCACGGGCACCCGUUCCGCCACGCACGCGCACGCGAACCCGGACCCGGACCCUGCCCCCUCAGCCCCAAACUCGCAUUCCGCCCUCGCCGCCCCCGACCCGAUCUCCCGCCCUGCAGCAGUCCCACGAUCCCGUUCCGCCGGAGCCCGUCUCGGAGACGGACAUCCUCGCGCUCCUGAUCGCGCUCGAGGCCGCCGACGCGGCGCUGCACGCGGACAUGUGCCGCCUGCGCGCGUCGAUCCGUGAAGCGCGCGAGGGGGUGACGACGUGCCGCCACGAGCGGGCAAGGCGAGAGCGCGAGCGGCGGGAGACCAAGCGCGUCGACGGCGAUUUCUGGUUGCAGGUGUGA